AUGUCGCUUUAUAGAAAAUUGGUCCUUCAAAGUUUUAAAAAAAUACAUCGGACUAGAAUGAGAGUGUUUCAAGGCGAUGAGAAAGCCCUAACAGCAGCUAGGAUAAAAAUAAAUGAAGAAUAUAGUAAAAAUAAAUAUGUAAAGGAUGAAGAAGCUAUUAAAGCGAUGAUUCAAUUUGGCGAGGAUGUAGAAAAAGAACUAAGAAUGCAAGUUAUUCAAGCUAAAGAAAUAAAACCUGGUGUAUUUGAAGCAAAAAUCACAGAAGACACUUUAAAAUUAGAUAAUAUCUCAUAUAAUGACAGUGCAUUACCAAAUGAUGGUACGACCGAGAGGCCUUGUUGCCAAGAUGAAAUGAAAAACAAA